UAGCUAAUCAAAAGAAUUAAUAGAGAUCGAUCAUAUCCGAAAAAUGUUUCUUCAUAUUUUCGUAUAUCUUCAUAAAACUUUAUAAAUCUUUUACUUGAUUCACGUCCGGCAUGAAAAGGAUGUACAGAAUAUCGCCUUGUUCUUUUAUCUGGGGGCUCUUCAAGCAAAUUAACAGCUUCAAGUGCACAAACAAUUUUUAAUUUCGAAAACAUUUUGCCAAUAAAACAAACACGAAUGACGCAGUUGCCGUUCUGCCGCAAUAUGUAUAGUAGGGUGGAGUGAAAAAAAUUUUUUUUAAAUUUGAUUAGUCCUGGGUUACUAAAACUUGCCUAUAAGUGAGUUACUUACUCACGCCGAAUAUUAAGUAUUUUGCACAUCAUCUUCAGGUGGCGCACGAGCUCCAAAGUUACAAAUAAAUUUGAAUUUUCGCGCCACUUAGAAGUGGUUCAGUUUUAUAUUUACCGCGGUCCGCGACCCUCCCCCCUAUCUGUGUUUACAUCUUACUGCACUUUAGCAUUCAUUUUAGUUCGCAUCGAUACCCGGAGGUGAAAGCACGUCCCUCGAAACAACGGUGAAAAAACGCGACAUUUACUUCUAAAAUAAUGCCUAAAACAAGAAAAGAUUUGUCAUGUUCUGUAUUUGGUGGUCCAGAAAAACUAAAAGACAAUAUGUUACCUACUUGUGCGGAAGUAAUAAAACAUUAUUUGUGGGUGAGAAGUGACUUGAUGUGGAUUUCAAAUGGAAAGGAUCCUUCUAUCAAAGAGAUAUGUGCGAAAAUAGCAACUGAUUUGUCAAAUCUGUGGAAGAAAGCAUCACUUCCUAUUAUCUCUAACCAACAGAUCAUUUCAAGACUAAUAGAUUACUACAAAAAAUACAAAAACCUAAUGAAAUGUCGAGUAACGCAAAAAAAGGCAGACUUUUAUGAAACUGCGAGAAAAACACUCUUCGACAUAUCAGUCUGUAAGUGCGCCUGUUUAGAUUCCUGCAAAUGUUCUACGAAAAUACCUCGAGCAGAAAGAGAGUUUUUAACUGAUCAGAGAGGAGAUCGGAAAAUGUAUAUAGGGUCAAUAGAUGCUAAGAGUACGAAAGUUAUGGCGCGUAAGCAAUUGAGACGUGAAUUUGAAGAAUUGCGGCAAUCACAAUCUGUUAUGAAACAACCUAGUCUCUCAUCGGACGCUAUAUCAGCCAACAUUUCUUCUUCAGAGAGUGAUUCUGAACACAUGGAAGAAAGUUCAAUCGAUCCUGAUUUUUACCACAGUGUAAUAACACCAACUACCAGCGAAUCCGCGACAAAUAAAACAAAUAAACAAAUGAGACUGCGUCUGAAAAAUCUGGCCGCUGUUUGCGAUAGGGCAGGUGUCUCUGAUAGGUCAGGAUCACUCAUUGCAAGUGCACUUUUAAAAGAUUUAGAUAUUAUUUCACAGAAAGACAAGUCAAAAAUAAUAGACAGAAGUAAGUUGCGACGUGAGCGCCAGAAAAUGCGAGAGGACCUGCAGAAAUUAGAAAAUCCCGACAGUCCGCUACUUGGUUUGUACUUUGAUGGACGAAAAGAUAAAACAAUAAUCCAGGAAGAGCGUGGAAACAAACGUUAUAGAAAAACAAUCACAGAAGAACACAUAGUACUGCUCGCUGAGCCAGGAUCUCGCUAUAUAGGGCAUGUCACGCCCAUUUCUGGAACAGCUUCUUCUAUCAAGGGUGGUAUAUUGCAAUUCCUGAAUUUGCACUUCAAAGAUGUAUCAUCCCUCGUCGCCAUUGGAUGUGAUGGGACAGCAGUUAACACCGGUUCAAAAAAUGGAGUAGUUGCUCUAAUAGAGAAACAAUUGCAUCGCCUAUUACACUGGUUUGUGUGUAUGUUACACGCAAACGAGUUACCACUGCGUCAUUUGUUUAUUAAUUUAGAUGGAAGUACUUCUGGCCCUAAUAGCUUCAUAGGAACGAUUGGUAAACAGUUACAGAGUUGUGAGGGGUUACAUGUGGUGACAUUUAGCAAAAUUGAAGCGAAUUUACCUGACAUAGAUGUGAACCUUCUGAGUAAUGAUCAAAAAUACCUCUACGAAGUGUGUAUUUCAAUUACACAAGGUCUUAUUCCUCCUGACCUGGCUAAUAAGCAGCCAGGCAAAUUGGCGCACAGUCGCUGGCUUACUUGUGCAAAUAGGAUCUUAAGAUUAUAUGUGGGAACCGCCAAACCGUCUCAGAGUCUAGUUGAGCUCGCCGAGUUCGUGAUAAAAGUAUAUGGUCCACAACAUAUACUUAAUAUGAUAAAGAGGUGUGCUUAUUUAGAAGAUGACAAGAAAGCGAUUGUUUUUCGAACCAUACAGCGAAACUCUUUCUUUGCUCACUCCGAAAAUGUUUUAUUGGCUAUGCUUCAGGAUGAAAGAGGCCACAUCCAAGAAUUAGCUCUAAGAAGAAUAAUGAAAGCUAGAAAGACCAACAAAGGAAAGAAGGUAAGAGAGUUUAUUACCCCGAAAUUGAAUUUUGAAGCAAAUGAAUACUACGACCUAAUAGAUUGGACCACGGAAAAAAUCUACGAGCCGCCUAUUACACAAAAAUAUACUGACAGCGAAAUAUUGCAGAAAAUUACUAGUGCCAACUUCAAAGUUACAGUCGAGGAAUUCCCUUGCCACUCACAAGCUGUAGAACGAGGUGUGAAACUUGUAACAGAGGCUAGUUCAGCAGUGUGUGGUAGCAAAGCGAGAGAUGGAUACAUUCGAGCAAGAAUUAAAUCACGAACAGAAGUACCAAAAUUCGACACAAAAUCGCAAUUUUUUGUAUGAGAUUUCGUCUGUUUUUAUAUACUUCAAUAAUCGAAUUUGUUGUUAAUUUCCAUACUACACUUAAAUAUGUACUACUUUCUUUUAUU